AGACAUGGAGCAGAUCUGACAUGGAGAUGCUUGCGAAAGGGGUGUUUGUUUGCAUUAAACAUACAUGCAGCGGGGGGAGUAAAGUUUUGUCCUUUGAGAAAAUCGGUUGUUCCUCUCAUGCGAGCUUCGCUGCCGGACGGCUCCCAUCGCUCCUCCCUCCACUCCUUUUCGCUCCUCUGUUCUCCGCCCUCUGUGGCAUUCUCUUCAGCUCUCUCCACCCCCUCUCUGAGCGUCAUGCCUAGGCAGUUGGUUCACUCCGCUGUGUCUGGGGCUCAGGGAGAACUCUGAGAGGCUUAUUUAGGUCUGUUACAGCGCACCGAGCAGGGAGGGGGGUAAGGCAGACAGCAGCGCCCAGGAACCAGAUCUGCAUUCCAGUCGGGGACGGAAAAGAGAGGCGGGGAAGCUCGGCAUCUUGAAGGGACAGAGAGUGACAGUGAGAGAGAAGUUGGAGUGGAGGGAAGCGGGUAGAGAUUGCUGCUGCGGGCUGUGUUGUUGUUGUCAUUGCCUAAGAGAGUGACGUGAGCAGUGGAAGCAGGACAGUAGCGGCAGGCAGGCAGGUCUGAGCGCUCGUAGUGAUUUGUUCCACGGGUUGGGGAGGGGGGCAACAUGUUCGACUGCAUGGAAGCCCUGGGAAUGGGCCCCCGUCAGCUCUAUGAUGUCACCAGCCGCGGUGCGUGCAUGCUGCGGAAGGCAAGCCCCUUCUUCCCGGCUUUGGACCCCUUCGCCUGGACAGGCAGUGCCAGUGUUCAGUGUAAGUGGCUUCCAGCGGUGGAGACCCAGAGCACCAGCUCAGAAGAGAUGGUACCCAGUUCUCCGUCUCCCCCUCCUCCACCUCGUGUCUACAAACCCUGCUUUGUGUGCCAGGACAAGUCCUCAGGGUACCACUACGGGGUCAGUUCUUGCGAGGGUUGCAAGGGUUUCUUCCGUCGCAGUAUCCAAAAGAACAUGGUAUACACCUGUCACAGAGACAAGAACUGCCAGAUUAACAAGGUCACACGCAACCGCUGCCAGUACUGCAGGCUGCAGAAGUGCUUUGAGGUCGGCAUGUCCAAGGAAGCGGUUCGUAAUGACAGAAACAAGAAGAAGAAGGAUGUGAAGGAGGAGGUGGUGCUACCAGAGAGCUAUGAGCUAAGUGGAGAGCUUGAAGAGCUGGUCAAUAAAGUCAGCAAAGCUCACCAGGAAACAUUUCCCUCGCUUUGCCAGCUGGGAAAAUACACCACCAAUUCUAGCUCAGACCACCGUGUUCAAUUGGAUCUGGGUCUCUGGGACAAGUUCAGUGAGCUUUCCACCAAAUGCAUCAUCAAGAUUGUGGAAUUUGCCAAGCGCCUGCCGGGCUUCACCACCCUUACUAUCGCUGACCAAAUCACUCUGCUAAAGUCGGCCUGCCUGGACAUUCUGAUGCUGAGAAUCUGCACACGCUACACUCCUGAACAGGACACGAUGACCUUCUCAGACGGCCUGACUUUGAACCGAACUCAGAUGCACAAUGCUGGCUUCGGACCACUCACAGACCUGGUGUUUGCCUUUGCUGGCCAACUUCUACCCCUGGAGAUGGAUGACACUGAAACUGGUCUCCUCAGUGCCAUCUGCCUCAUUUGCGGAGAUCGCAUGGAUCUUGAGGAGCCAGAAAAAGUGGAUAAGCUACAAGAGCCUCUGCUUGAGGCUCUUAAGAUCUACGCCCGUCGCCGCCGCCCCAACAAACCCCACAUGUUCCCUCGCAUGCUGAUGAAGAUCACCGACCUCAGGGGGAUCAGCACUAAAGGUGCAGAGAGAGCUAUCACUCUCAAGAUGGAGAUCCCAGGUCCAAUGCCUCCUUUGAUCAGGGAGAUGCUCGAGAACCCGGACGCGUUUGAAGACCAAACGGAGUGCAACGAGAGCACACCUCCCCCACCGCCUCCACCGCCAGCACCACCAGCACUGGCUGUAAAGCAGGAGGUUGAGGACGAGGACGACAGCUGGGGCACAGAAAACUGCAGCGAGCCGUCACCAGAAGAGGAGGAUGAGGACGACGAUGACGACCUGGGAGAUGAGGAGCGAGACAGGGGCUCGGACAGUGACGGGGAGCCCUGGGCGGUUCUGGAUAACUUAGAUGGGCCGAGGAAAGGCCUUGUUGGGAGGGCACAGUGAAGAGAACAUUUCAUGCACGUACAGUCUCUUGACACAUGCACACACACACACACACACACACACACACACACACACACACACACACACACACACACACACACACAAACAUAUAGGUAUACAACAAAACCUCACUCACUCUUCCUCCUGAAUAUCCUGAAUACAAAAAAUAAAAAAAUGCUGACCUUUGCUUCCUCCUUCUGCUCUCCUUGCUGCACAUCACUGUGUCCUCCUGAUUGGAGCACAGCAGAGCCUUAAGUGUACAGACUCUUCUAACUCAGGCCACUUGGUCCAUGACACAGAAACUGCAGAAACAUAAAGUCAAGAAGAGACGGCAGUAGACCAUUUGAACUCCUGGCUUAGCCACGAGGGAAGUUAACGUGACAAAAAGAACGCAACCUCUUUGAAAAGCUGAAUAUUUUCUUCCUUUCCCACUGUUAUUCUUGAUAUAUAAAAUAGGGGGACAGCCAAACCAGACACCAGAACUGAGCAGAUGAAUUCAGAUGGAUUACAACAAGCACAUUAUAACAAAAGUACAGGGCAAUACCAAAUUGAGUAUGCUAAUCUUUUUUUUUUCUUUUGUGGUUAUUGCUUUUGAACGUUGGUUUUUGAUUGUUUUUGUUUGAAUUACUAAAUAAGUUCAUACAUAUCUAUAUAAUGUUAUAUUUUGUCUUUCAUGUGUUUAUUCUGGUUUUAUAUUGGAGAUUUAAUCUGGUUUAAUCUAGGAGAUUUCCUGGGAAGACAUUCAGAGGGAAAGAAGCAUCAUUACAGCUGGCUGGGUCUUCCUUAUGGUUUGCAGAAGCUUAGCUCUAUCUUCUCUUGUUUUUGGAGCACUUUGGCUUGCUGCAGAUCUCAAUGAUAAUCAUACAGAACUGAUAUUAUGUUUGCAGUGACCCAAUUGGUUUCUGUUAUCAGGGAACUGGCAUUUUUUUUUUUUUUUUUGCUGCCAUUAAAGCCGAUAUGUGCAGGACGUAUCUUUGUGCCAAAGUUAGGGAAAGUCAGCUGUUAAGAAUGAGUUUGACUACAGGCAGGGACUCCAGCUACAAUCAGGCGUUACUCACACUAAAGUGCUCACUUUCCACGUGCACUAUGAACACAUCCUCAGUCAUAGAAACAACACACACUUUCCUUAGACUUCUCCCAGUAAGAGAUGUGCCUCCAGGGUUAAUGUGCCGAGACAGAGACUUACACUUGACUGCAAAAUUAGCACUUUUGUCAACAAUUUGAGCACAUCUUAUCCUUUAAGAGUAAAGCCGCCAUCUCUGGGCUUCAUAUCCCCCUCUUAGCAUGUCAGAACUAGGGAUGUGGUGUAAAAACGUCCGAUUUUCAGAUUGUUUUUCCCUGAUCGGUGACUGGCUGGCUAGAAACUCAAAAAUGCAAUCGUUUUCCAAUCUGUGAACGCACCAUAUGACAGCGUUACCAGGCUGCACUGACAACAGCGCCCUUCGGUGUGGAAGUUGUUACUGCAGGAGGAAGACUCAACGUCUGCUGGUUUUGGUAUCAGUGCAGUGUUCAAAAAUAAAAUCAGAGGGAGCGCAAAAUCUGUCAGAAGCUAUUUAAAAGAAAACUGUAUUUUCUAAGUAGGCUUGUCGGCUGUUUAUCCAGACUGCUAUGGCAGAGAGCUAGACUUCAGUGUGUACUUAUCAAUUCGUAUUUUUGCAGUAUUGUUCGUUAUGUAUUCAAAGAAGUAGCCGGAUGCCACGUGAAUUUGUACCCACUAUUGGGUUGUUGCAUAGAUAACAGGAAGUUGGAACAUAUUACACCCAAAUUGCUCUGAUUUAUUGAUUUGAGCAUUCAACCUCUGUCAAUUAUGGGACAUGCUUGAUUAGAAAUGUUAAAAUUUUAAAGAUGGGGUCUGCAUUAUCCAUGAAAUACACAUGAAGACUGACGUUUACAGUUAGUAGGCCUGUUAACUGCGCUAAUGGUGCAGAUUGCUAAUAUGCUAAAGACAAAUUCAGAUGUCAACUCCUGGUCAGGAAAGGCUCCAAAGAAAUAUUUUGAACACUUUUUAUUUUUACACAACAGGCCAAAGGUUUGAAGCCGACAUUAUGCUUCUUUUCAGAAUGACUAAACUGUUAUUUCUCUGGAUUUUACAAUUGAUUUACUGCAUGAUCAGACUUUGUUUUCAUUGAUCAACACUGUUUUUCUCAGUUUAACUUUAAGUAUUCAUUGAUGUUAACCGAGCACAAAGAAGGAAUAUUGUGGAUUUAUAUGUGAUGCUGUUUCUGAAGUCAGAAGAGGUUGCUUUGAAGAGGGAAAAUUCUAGGAAAGAAAGCCUUAAAUACUUGUUAAUUACAGUAAAAAUGUAUUCUGAUCAUUGACUCUCUACAUAAUCAUACAGCUUAUUUUGUUGCACAAUAUGUUAACAGAACUAUAUUGUGUCUAUACAAAGUAAAUCUUGCUUCCAAACGUUUGGCCUGCAGUGUAGUUUGUAAACAGAAAUCAGAAUCAACAAAAAAUUGAAAAAGGCAGGUCACUGCUUUACAAAAACCAUAGAUCGGAAAUCAGCCCCAAAACUCUGAUCGGGGAGUCUCUAGACAGAUCUGAUGAAAUCACCAGAGUGAAUGCAUACAUUAGCUCAGACAUGAACAUCCACACACAGUGACAUCAACACAAUAAAUUAAGGCAAAAGCAGGAUUUUUGUAGUUUUAUGAGAGAUAUUUGUAAUCAGACUCAGGGCUUUUCAGAAAGGACCAAACACUAGAUGCUCUUAUGGCAUGCUAGAAACAGGCAAUAUUUAUGUGUGUAUUUCUAACUGUGUGUGGAAUGUAAGCCCCACCCCCAUCUUUGUGUGCACGCCUAGAAGGUCUAAAAAAAAAAAACAGCAUGGAUGCCAGUCUGACUCUCAUCACCACCCUUGCUGGGCAUCUUUGUAGCAAACUGCCUUCUGCUCUCAAAGCCAUUAUCUCAUCUUGUCUUCUAAUGUAAACUCUCAGAUCUUAUUGAGGGAGAGGAAUGUGCGCUCUUAUGUAUCAAUUCUUAAUUGCCAAAACGCCAGGAUGGGCGAUCAGCUGGGAGAACAUGGCUGAUGUACAGUACAGAGGUUCUUUUCAAUCUCUGUUUAAAGCAAUAUGAGCAUUCGUCUGGUUGCAGUGAGACUUGUCUUCUGAACAUGGGCAGGUCUUCUUGUGUGUGUCUGUGUGUGACGGUAUGUGUAUGUGAAUGCUUUAAAAUGUCUUUGGUCAAUGGGUGAAUGUCCUCAGCAUGGUGCUGCCAUACAAUAUCUCUUGUGUGAUGACCUCAACCUUCCUUUCUCUGCUGGGCUGUCAAGAUGUUACUGAUGGUAAUGCUGGCAGGACAUUGAGAUUAUGUUGUUUUAUGUGUUUUAGUUUGUCAACAUGGCCAUUGUGUUGCCAAUACCUGUUUAUUUCAACUCUUGUCAUACAAAGAAAAGCCAUAUAAACAGUAAGAGGCACAAUAAACUACUUUUGUGAGA